AUGAGGUCAAUCACAGCUUUGUUUUUCCUUUUCUGUUUCCUUGCUCCCUCUGCUCUGGCGCAACUCCAGUUUGGGUUCUACGGCCAGUCAUGCCACCGUGCAGGAUCUAUCAUUUCUGGUGUCGUUUCCAGCAGUUUCAGCCGUGACCGUUCCAUUACUGCAGCAUUGCUUCGUAUGCAGUUUCAUGAUUGCUUUGUCACGGGUUGUGAUGCUUCCCUCUUGAUCGACGGAACAACAUCAGAGAAAAGAGCCGGACCAAAUGCAAGCGUAAGAGGCUACGAGAUCAUUGAUGAGGCUAAGAGACAGCUCGAGGCUGUGUGUCCCGGAGUUGUCUCAUGCGCAGACAUUGUAACUCUAGCCACCAGAGACGCCAUCGCAUUAGCUGGUGGUCCAAGCUUCUUAGUACGUACGGGGAGACGUGAUGGAUUAAGGUCAAACCGCGACGAUGUGAACUUGCCUGGACCAACAAUUUCCGCGGAAGCAUCGCUCGGAUUAUUUCAAGCUCAAGGGAUGGAUGUGAACGACAUGGUUGCGCUUAUCGGUGGUGGCCACAGUGUCGGUGUUGCGCAUUGCAGUCUCUUCCAGGACAGAAUUAAUGACCCAGCAAUGGACCGCACAUUGAAUUCUCAGUUGAGGAACACAUGCCGUGCUCCAAAUGACCCAACGGCGUUCUUGGACCAAAGGACUUCAUUCCUCGUGGAUAACGCAAUUUUCGGUGAGAUCAGAAGACAGAGAGGAAUCCUAAGAAUUGAUCAGAACUUGGGUACCUCUGGAACAACCGGUGGAAUUGUGUCCAGUUUCGCAUCGAACAAUGAUCUCUUUAGACAGAGAUUUGUCACAGCAAUGGUGAAAAUGGGUAGCCUUAAUGUUCUUACCGGACGUUCUGGAGAGGUCAGAAGAAACUGCAGAGCCUUCAACAGACGUUGA